AUGGCCCGUCACUCGAAAGGCGACAAGAUCUCGAGUCACCGCAAAGACUCGAAUCUGCGCCAUACGUUCUACGUCGCAGCGCCGUUUGCGGCUGCGGCGUCGUCCUUUUUGCUCGCGUUCCUGACGGCGUGGCUUCAAGCGCAGAGUAAAGAUCUGCUUCCCGACUACGUGAUGAUGGUCGGCGUCACGAGCGCGGUCCUUGCAGUCGGUGCAGGCAUCGCCAGUAUCUGGGCCGGCUACAUGCUGCACAGAGGCGCUAACUACCACGACCGGCACUACGACGACGACACCGAUCAAAUCAAGCACAAACACCCGUUCAAGGCGUGGCACCGAAUGCUCGUGCUUGGCUUGCAUGCGGCGACGUUCCUCAGCGAGUGCUGCUAUCUCUAUAUGCUUAUCUCGACAACCUUGGUUGGGGAUAAGAAGGAGUAUUGCGUCACCCUCUCGCAGGCGACCUCCCUCGCAGACUGCGACCACCCGAUCUACCCCGUCCUGAUCCUCGUCCUCCUCGUCUGCAUCACAGCCGCGAUGGCCGUCCUACUCUUCAUCGCCACGCGCAGCGCCAAGAACGAUUUCCGCGCCAACGCGGACGAACACGCGCGGUUGCAGGGAGUCGAUCUUGACGACGACGCUGAGAGGGGUCGGAGGAAGAGUAGGAGCAGGAGCAAGAGUCGUGGGAGGAGCGCGAGUCGCUCGGCGAGCAGGGCGAGGCAGAGGGACGAUACUGACGAUGAUCCAACGGAAGAUGAGUCUGGCCAGGACGAUAAUUACGGCGAUUCGUAUGGCGAUAGUGGGAGGAAGGGGAGGAGCGGCGCGGCGUAUUGGUGA